AUAUUAGCAGAUCGUGUAGCAAGUUUUAGUUGUCCUAAAAAUAACGUAGCUAGUUAAAGAAAUAUCGACUUGAUGUAUGGUAAAAAAAAUGAUAAUACUUAUCAGAUUUCAAGAGGCUUUAUAUUUGUAUUUGAAGAACUGAUAACGUGUCUUAAAAUUGGUUGACCUUCGUAGUUCUGCACUGAAUGUCAACAUAAGUGAAAUAAAAUGAAAAUAUUAUCGUUCCAAGAAAUCUAUAAUGAGGAAAGUUAACUCGCGCAAUGGUCACAUCUUGCGAUUCCUUUUGUAAUGACAGUCUACUAUUUGUUCCAGCGCACGCAAUGCCGAAACGAGGCGAUGUGAUUAUAAAUUAUGAGGACACAGCAACUGUAAUAGCAGAAUCUGAACAGAUACUAAGGCAAUGCUUCUCGCAAUUCAGGUUAGACGAAGUUUUCCUUUCGUUCAACGGCGGCAAAGACUGCACUGUUCUGCUGGAUCUCACAAUAAACAUAUUAAAGGAUAUGUUUAAUAAGGACGACAUCGCAAAAGAUCUGAAAGUAAUUUACAUGCGUUCAAUUGGCCCCUUUCGAGAAAUGGAAACGUUCAUAGAAGAAAUUGAAGCGCAUUAUAAAAUCAAAUUAUCAGUGGUCGAGGGGGAAAUGAAAAGCGUCUUAGAAAAUAUUCUAGAAACCGAUAGAAGACUCAAGGCCUGCUUGAUGGGAACGAGGAGAACGGAUCCGUAUAGUCAAAAUAUGAACUUUCUACAGAAAACGGAUCCAUCCUGGCCGCAAGUUAUACGAGUAUCACCUCUACUGAAUUGGAGUUAUCAUCAAAUUUGGACUUAUAUCCACGAGCGACAAGUGCCUUAUUGCAGUCUCUACGAUAUAGGAUAUACAUCAAUAGGUAAUACACACAAUACGUUACCAAAUCCGGCCCUAGCGUACCACGUGAACGGGCAUAUAGCGUAUCGACCGGCCUGGUUGUUAACCGACCCCGCACUUGAAAGAGCGGGAAGGAAGACUACACAAUCCAAACAAAAUGGACGCAGUAUCCCCGUUAGUAAUGGUGAAACGGCGCAGAGUACUUUAUAGUUAUAGCGCAUUUUAUAGACAUGGUUUUUUGGUAAAUCUAAGUUUUUUUUUCAUGUUACAAAAAAUCACAUCUUAUGUACGAUACCCUCGUACAUAUAUGUAGUUCCUUUAAAAUGCCGUUACACAUGAUAUAAAUUUAAAAAAAGUG